UCUCUACAAUUGGAACAAUCUGGUACAGUAAAACAAUGCAUAACUGAUAGUUGCCAAGUUUUGUUAUGAAGUUAGAAAGGGUAACGUUGAGAAAUGUUUUCUCAAUAGAUGUGUAAAUUUCAUGAUCAUUCGGUAUAAUUCACCAUUCUCAGUGAAAAUCACAAGGAUUCAUGAACGAAUAUUUCAAAUUUAGGUAGGAUGUGGUCUGAUAUUGUACAAGUGAUAAUAACUAAAUUGUUUUGUAUGUCUAUGUGCCAACAGCUACUCAAUAAUAAUUUUGCAAUGCGUUGACAAAAAUCAAUAAAAUUUUUGUAUGCAGUGAUUGGUUUUGAUGGCAGUAAAAGGUUUUGCAGUGCAUUGUGGUCUCCACGUUUCUGAAUAAAAAUGCUUAAUUGAUUAAUGAAGUUGUUGUUUCACCAUUAAAAUUUUCUGUGGCAGAUCUGUCAAAGUUUUACUCGUAGGAUAUGCCCAAAUCUGUCCAGGUGAAAAAUGAACUUUCACAAUGCAAUAAAUUUUUUCAGUUGAUCGUCGAUGACUUUAUCUUUGGUUAUAAUGUUGAUGAGCUCCUGUCUCCAUUUCUUAUUGGCUACGUUGUUUAGUAGUUGUUCUUAAAAAAAUCAGUUCUUUGUUUCUUCUUAAAGUAAUGCAUCCAAGUAUAGCACAAUUAUCGCCAGGCAUAUUGAUAUAAUGGACCAGAUAAUUAAAAUCAAAACCAAAAUAUGCAAAGCUUUUUUUGCAGGAUCAGAGAUAAAACAAUGGAUUAUUGUUUGUCACCAGAGGGAUAGAAACCUUUCGACAGCACAUUUUAAUUACUGCACAAUAAAACUGAACGAUGCUUAUUUAUCUCUAAGUUCUAAAUUACCGUCUUGAAUUUCUUUUAAUUAAGCAUUAUUUCAAAUAUUUUAUAACUACAAUGAUUUUAUUGACUUAUUGAAUAAUCGGGUUUAUAUGAAUUGAUCGACGGAAGUAUAAAAUCUUAUGGUUUUAUUUUUAAGGGACGAUUUUACAGUUGCUCAGUUACUUAUUUUACCAAUUUUCUAUUUAUUCGCAAGUUACAGUUUAGUUGUUAGCAAAAAGUAAAACUUUGUUUUAAAAUAGCAUUGAGUGGAAGAAGAAAGAUUAUCAUGAAGUUUAUCGUUUUGUUGACAAUAUUUUGUGUUUGUGUUUCAGCUUCAUCCCUUGUUAGCAUGUCACCAGAGGACACAAAUGUGACUGAAGGUGAUACUGUCAGUCUAGAUUGUGUAACAAGCCUGACUGUCAACAUCACCUGGUUUCACAAUGGAAAAACAGUGGAUUGUACUACGUUUUUCUGCAAUGUGUACAAGAAUAAUACGUUAUUUAUCAACAAAAUUGAACACUUUCAUGAAGGGAAUUAUUUUUGUGCUUCGUUGAAUGGUGACAGGACAGUGGUGGAAAGCAAUACUGCCUAUUUACGUGUUUUUUAUUUGUCUAUAUUUGGCUCCGUUAAGAAUGUAUCAGCAACGUAUGAUUCAGUAAUCUUCUCAGUAAACUGUGUUAUACGAGCAGAUCCACUACCUGCUAUGGUUACAUGGAAGCACAAUAGUACUGUCAUCACAAACAAUGUGAGACAGCAAUUAUCUUUUACCGUCCAUACAAAAACAUUUGCUAUCGCAAAUUUAAGGAUUUACAAUAUAAGAGAAGCUGAUGUUGGUUGGUACACAUGUGAAGCUGACAAUACCUUUUUUAGAAAAAGUCAUUUUGCAGGAGCUAUUGUAGAUUUCAAAAGGAAAUGUAAGCAUGGCUGGGCAUGCGUGAAUAUUCGUAGGUGUAUCCGAAAUUCUCAACAUUGCAACAAUAUAGACGAUUGUGGAGAUUUGUCGGAUGAAAAAAUCAAUUGUUUUUCACCUGGAAAGAUUGCCGGAUUUGAGGUUACCGUUCGAAACUACCACACUGUAGAAUUUUCAUGGAAGUACAAUUUUCGUGCAAUCAACUACACACUUACUCUCAAGCAAGGUGGUUACAUCAAAACGUAUGUUUUACAGAGUGUCUAUAAAAGAAUAUCAGAUCUACAAAAUGGAACUAGUUAUCAAGUUCAACUAUACGCGGAAAAUUAUGUUGGUAAAUCAAAUCCUACUGAAUGGAUCAACUUUACGUUACCAAAGCUGGUGACACCAGGGCCCGUCAGAAACAUCAGUGCUGUUCGAAUCUCUGUGGGAAAUACUUUUAAGAUGCUGAUCGAAUAUUUGCCUCCAUUAGAAGAUGGUGGUGGCCGCUUUACCGUUUAUUGUAAUAAACUAUGUCGGUACAAUAUCAAAAGUAAUAUCUCCAUGAAUUGCACAACCAGAGAAACGCUUGUUACAUCGUACACCGCGGAGAAACAGUUGGCGGAUACAACUUAUAAAAUUACUAUUUACGUUACAAACGAGGCCAAAUUAGAAGGACCGUCAAUGUAUUAUAUUUACACAACACCAUCUUAUAAAAAACCUACGGUAACACCAUGCAAUAACGAAAAAUCUGGAAUGAGUGACCGUGCAAUUACUGGGAUAGUUUUCGCAAUUUCAUCAGCACUUUCCAUGAUAACAAUUUGGUGUUUCAGAAAAUGCUACAAUGAUGAUUAUUGAGGAGGAGCUGUCACGUUACUUCCUAUCCUGAUUUACAUUAGAUUUUUGUAAACAUUUAAUUAUUUUUCACUAUAAGACACUAUAUAACAAUUAGUUAGUUCUCGGUUAAAAAACAUUACAGCAAAUUACGGCAAUUAGAAAGUUCAACACAAAAAAUCUUUCUUCUUUCGGUCCUGAAUACAAAUUUGGCGUAGGAUAUGUUUGAUCUAGUCAAUAACGCAGUCAAUGAAGCAAAAUUUAAACCCUUCGUUUAAACUUUUUUCUCAACUAGUGAGAAAACUGUUAUUAAAUUUUUGUUUUGUUUACACGAGUGCAAGUGCCCAGAAAAGACAGCGUGUGAUUAAUUUUAGUGGUAGGUUAGUAAGAUUUUUAUUAGCUGUGAAACACACAGGUUCUGGAAUUGACGUAUUUUGGCCCUGUAAGUAACAUUAUAAUUUAUUGUGUUAGCUACACAGCAACGGAAUCAUGUACUUUAUUCUAGUGGUAUAGACGAAUCUCAACGUUUAAUUUUGACGGGUUCCAAUGCCUAAAAUGUGAAAAAAUUGGAGACUAUAUUUGUGAAUAAAGUUAACAGAUAGAAAGAACAGAUAAUUAGCCUGUAAAAGGAUAGUUAGCCAAUAUAAGAUAAUUAUACGGUACGUGCAGGUACGGCUAGUUAUACGGUGGAGACCUUUUAACCCAUAUAUUUUCACACUGUUUAUGAUAUUGACUAUAGUUUAUGACUUCCCGUUCUUCUCGCCUCACUAUGUCUUUCAAAUGUUUUAUUAUAAACUCAAGGUAGUGCAUUGUUGUUUCAAGAACAUUCAUAAAUUGAUUCUGUUAAUUAUACCCUAUACAACUAAUUAUGCUGUAACAGCUGCUGCGUUUGUUUCUAGUCGUUUUGGCAGUAGGAAAAUGCACUGCGGCAUAGAGACAAUGAAAAAAGUUCUUGUUGACUUUGUUGUAUAAAACCUGAAAUGCUAAUCCAAGUAAUGUGCAAGAUCGUCUGCUUUUAACGAAUCUUUAAGGACAAAUUUAACUGACGUAAGCAAAAACCGUAAAAAAACAAAACAAUUAUUUUAGAAUAAUCUCAACCCGUUCUUAAUCUUGUGUAGUGCUUCAAUCGUUUGCAGAGUUUGCUCACUAUGCCUGUCACGGACACAAUAUGGCUCUCAGUAUACAAGACUUGUCGGUAAUGUCAGGGUGAAAAUCCACUUAGGCAGAAGAACAAUGGAAAAUUUAGUUUGUCUUAGGGGUUUUUCUGACAUCAGCAUUGCAUACCCAAAAGAAAAUUUGGUGAAAUUUGUUAUAUAACGCGUUAUAUCUUUUGUGUAGAGUCUGAAACCAUACCGAAAAAAAUAUAUAAGAUCAUGUACUUUGACGAACUUUGACUUUAUAAUUUACCUGACCAAGCUCAGCAAAGUCCAACAAAAUAUUAAAAUUGUUUUACCUAGAAAAAAUUAUCAAACAAUUUCCUCCAACAAACGAGACUUAAUUAAAUUACUCCCAAAGUUUGAUGAAAGAGGGAGCAUAAUCCGCAUAUAAGGCCAUACAACUACGGUAGCUUACUUACUGGACAGUCAAAUAAUCAAUAGAUGAGAGUACAGGUGAGUAUACCGUAUUUGGGCUGGCACUCAACUGCUACUUGGUCGUGCGUCUAAACUGGCAAAAGCGUUCUUAUAUAUUGCGCAUUACUUAGCACUUUGACGCGUGCGCCUUAAACGGGUUAGAGUAUUGAAUUGGACGUUAACCUUCAGGCAUUAUCUUACCGAUAUCUGGUGUAUUAUAAGUAAAGCAUGGUAUUCGUCAUUCGGCAUUUGAAUUUGUUUUUAUCACUUAUUUCAGAAUUUUUUGCCAAAGAGGGAAGUAAGCUCAAUUGUACUUAAGGAAAGACCCAUGCUUUUUUCGAGAAAAAUGUCUAAAUUAGUUCUUUAUCCGCAGAACCCAUAAAAAAUUUAAUAGAAUUGCUCAAUUGAUUCCACAUUUUGUGUGAUUAUGAAAUAUGAAUAAUUGCAUUUUGUUUGCAAUGGUUUUUUUCACACCAAUGACGCGGUUAAGCCUCUAAUACACGGCAGUUUCUAUUAUACACCCGUAUCUAAUAAACACUCACUCCCCCUGUAAAUAGAAUAUGAAAUAAACCCCCGUUUCUAUAAUAAAUAAUUUCUGUCAAAAAGAAGCCUUUAUUGGAGCAAUUUUGAUGUGUUGAAUUUGUAAUAACAAUAUAGGUAUAGUGUUUAUUCCUGCCCCUCUAGUGAACCCGAAUUUUUUAGUUUUGGUUAAAAAAUUAUAGUACAUCUCUGAUAAUCCAGCAUGCGGGAUUGCUGUGAUUUUUAUCGAGUCUGUCUUAUUAUAAUUCUGCUGAGAAAUAACAUUUAUAGGCGCAAUUAUAUAUUGAACAUGCCCAUAGACCUGUAUGAAUGACAAAAACACCACAGUUUCACAUGAAUUUUAGAAUUUGAAACAAAAAAUCCCAAGAGUAAGAACAAAAUAGUGCUGAAUUUUAUCCUUGUUCCUAAAAUUCUAAAAUUAAAUUUUUCCGUUGUUUUUUAUCGAAGUGGAUUAUUCCAUGGACGUCAUCGAUCGAACGCUGAAGGAAAGCACUGUAAUCACCGACAUAAGAAAAUCAGCGCUUUCCGCGCUUUUCACGCUCUGUGCAUGACUGGUCGCCGGAAGUUGAUAGGAAACGAAGAAAUGUAUGCUGCGAGUAAAAUCACUUCUUCCUCAAUUCAUCCGUAAACGGGAUAAGUGAGAAAAAUUCUGGCUAAACGAGAAGCAUUAAAAUCUAGCGCUAAAUUACAAUACAUUACAAUCUAGCGGUUUUUGGCGGAAAGUACUACGAAAGUACUACGAAAGUACUACGAAAAGGAAGUACCAGACUUUGCGCCGCAAAGGUGUCAAUUCCAAGACAGUCUGCUUACGUGAAAAAGAAGCUGAAAUAAUUUUCGGGACAGGAAAAUAUGGAAAUAUGCUACAAAUAUGUUAUAAUACAAUCUUUUUACUGUUGUACAUUAUGUAUAGAUGAUGUUGUAUUAUAUUACGGUUGAAGCGUCUACUGUUACUCAUGAGUCGAUUUCUUCGUUCCUACAUAAAACCGGCUUUUUGGCGCCUAUAUAUUUACCUUGCCGUGUCACUUACCCAGCUUACGAAUGAAAUGAAAAGGAAUAACAAAUUAAGCGAGUGCUACACCUAGAUAUACCCACCUCUUCACACUUACCACACAUGUUACAGCGGCUGCGAUAAAUAUACUCUUUGAAGAAUGUUUCUCGAUCAGCCAGGAUUCUUUUCAGUUACCGACACGCUUUCAGAAAGAUAUCGUAAGAAAAACAAUCAAGCUUCAUACUUAGUAAGUACUCGCUUAAUUUCCUAUUCUUGCGCGUUUUUCCACUUUCAGUUUUUCUAAUAGAAAGCCUGAAACAUGUAUAGUAUCCUUUAGUUGUAGAUUUGUUAAGAUUUAUUUGAUCACACAUUUUUAUAAUCAAGAACUUACGCUUAACACAAGAGUCCAAGGGUCAAGGUUGGCUUAGGACAACCCUGCGUAAAGCUAAAUUCGCAAUGGAAGACGCAGUUUCUUGCGUUGCAGCGCUUUGCCACAUGCCGUUUGCGUUUCUUCUUCACAUUGAAUGUUAAAAUACCG